AUUGAUAAGCUUUUGCCUGCGUUAUUUAAUUUUACAGCACAUAAAUGUGUGGCUCUUAAAACGAUGAGUUGUACAAAGUCAUGAAAUGCAAGGUGGGUAAAUUGACAUUACGGCCUGCCAUGCCGCGGAAGAGCCCAUGCGUUUGGUGCGCAGUGACCAAAAGUGAAGUUGCCGCUUCCUCGCUCUUUCCAUUGGAAUCGCAGUAGCAGAAUCAGAGUGCUUACAGUAUGUAGGCUAUGUGACUGCCAGACCCCUCUUUCUCUCUGACACCGAUGCGGUGGCACUAGGUAGUAGAUUGUCAAACUGCGGGGUGAGGAGCCGCGGAGGAGACGUAAACCCAAUAAUCAGUGCCACAGGGCCGUCUAUCAACGCGGCUGCAGUACAGCAAUCUGACACUGGCAUGCGCACUGCAGUUUAGAGUCAAUUCGAGUCUCCUCAACCGGAGCCACAGGCAGCAGUGACUAUUCCGAUAACAGCCGUCCCCAGUUCCUGUUUCCGCCGCAGCUUUUUCCAACCGAAUUUUGGACCAAAACAUCGCCGCUGCGUCAGACUUCAACUUCGUCAGGCCUUCCCUCUCGGAUCUCCCGGAAGCCUGGUGUGUCAAGUGAAGGAGCCAGGCCAAACACAUGAAGUAAUCAGGACCGGAGGAAAAGGUGACGUGUACAAACCAGGUGCAACCAGCAAGGGGCAAGGAGUGGAACGAUAAACACACAGUCACCAAGGAGCACGAAAAAACAGGAGGUGGAGACCCCUGCAGGACAGGACAGGAACAACAGCCAGGAGCCUUAGUCAGUCAGUUAACCCUCUGAGGAGAAAAACAUGCUCUAGCACAAGAAGAGGGGACUGGUUGGAAUACUCACCAAAGAAACACCCAAUUGUAUCCCCUUUCACGCCUUCCACAAAACCCCUCGUCUCUCUUACUACCUCCCUCCCCCUGCCCAGCGGUGCCAGAGAGGAUGCCCUGGUGGGUAUUGUGACGGGGCGCGACGGUGUGUGUGGGUGGCCAGGCUGAACUACAAUGCGGCCCUGGGCGGGCUCGUGGCGCUGGAUCACCCUGGUGUUGCUGGCGUGGGGCACGCUGCUCUUCUACAUCGGGGGCCAUCUGGUGAGAGACAGCGAACACCCUGAGAGGUCCAGCCGCGAGCUAUCUAAGAUCCUGGCCAAACUGGAGCGCCUCAAGCAGCAGAACGAGGACCUGAGACGCAUGGCAGAGUCCCUCAGGAUACCUGAGGGCAAAGUAGAAGAGGGAGGGGCCCUGGCUGUGGGGAGACUACGCUCGCUGGAGGACCAGCUGACCAGAGCCAAGCAGAAGAUCCACAGCUUCCAGAGACUGACCGGAGAUGGUCCAGGCCCCACCCAGGAGGAGCUGAGGCGGAGGGUAGAGAACGGUGUGAGGGAGCUCUGGUACUUUGUCCGCAGUGAGGUGAAGAGCCUUGGCCAUGUGGAGGCCGGGGGAAGGCCCAGACAGGCUGACACCCUGCUACAAGACCUGGGACACCAGCAGAGGUCUAUCAUGACAGACCUGUACUACCUCAGCCAGGCUGAUGGAGUGGGAGACUGGAGAGUGAAGGAGGCCAGGGACCUGUCUAACCUGGUGCAGAGCAGGAUCACCUACCUACAGAACCCCCAGGACUGCAGCAAGGCACGUAAGCUGGUGUGUAACAUCAACAAGGGCUGUGGCUAUGGCUGUCAGCUGCACCACGUGGUCUACUGCUUCAUGAUCGCAUACGGCACCCAGCGCACCCUCAUCCUGGAGUCCCACAACUGGCGCUACGCCACGGGUGGCUGGGAGACCGUCUUCCACCCCGUCAGCAACUCCUGUACCGACCGCACUGGGGUGUCUACAGGGCACUGGUCAGGUGAGGCCCAUGACAAGGACAUCCAGGUGGUGGAGUUACCCAUCGUGGAUAGCCUACACCCCCGCCCCCCGUACCUGCCCCUGUCCAUCCCGGAAGACCUAGCCCAGCGUCUACACCGUCUCCAUGGUGACCCGUCUGUGUGGUGGGUGUCUCAGUUCGUUAAGUACCUGGUGCGUCCACAGGCCUGGCUGGAGAAGGAGAUUGCAGACACCACAGCCAAGCUGGGUUUCAAGCACCCCAUCAUAGGGGUCCAUGUUCGACGGACAGAUAAGGUGGGGACGGAGGCUGCGUUCCACCCUAUAGAGGAGUACAUGGUGCACGUGGAGGAACAGUUCCAACACAUGGCCAGACGCAUCCACGUGGACAAGAAACGAGUCUACCUGGCAACAGAUGACCCCUCACUACUGCAAGAGGCUAAGACGAAGUACGCUGACUAUGAGUUCAUCAGUGAUAACUCCAUCUCGUGGUCAGCCGGCCUUCACAACCGCUACACCGAGAACUCUCUGAGAGGAGUCAUCCUAGACAUACACUUCCUGUCCCAGACCGACUUCCUGGUCUGCACCUUCUCCUCACAGGUGUGCCGCGUGGCCUACGAGAUGAUGCAAACGCUGCACCCGGACGCCUCCUCCUUCUUCCACUCGCUAGACGACAUCUACUACUUCGGUGGUCAGAACGCCCACAACCAGAUCGCCAUCUACCCCCACCAACCCCGCAGCCCCGAAGACAUACCCCUGGAGCCCGGUGACGUCAUCGGCGUGGCGGGGAACCACUGGGAUGGCUACUCGAAAGGGGUCAACCGUAAAAUGGGCCGCACCGGCCUCUACCCGUCCUACAAAGUCAAGGAGAAGAUCGAGACCGUGAAGUAUCCCACGUACCCCGAGGCAGACAAGCUGCUCUCAAACUCCCAACAUAAGUGAAGAAGAAAGGGAAAGAUGAAAAUAAAAAUAGAGAAAGAGACUCUGAUUCAGUGAUAGAACAGGGGGAAAGGGGGGGGGGGGGUGGUCGUGUUUAGGCUGCACUGAGAGUCUGUGUGUUGUGUGUGUGUGGGUCUGUAAAUUAUGGAAUCUUGCAGCUGCCACUACAUCGUCCCCGUGCACACAGAUUAUGAUGAAAAGUAUCAAUCAAACAUUGAUUUCAAAUGAACCGGAAAACAAUUAAACGCCCGUAGCCGACAACGUGGACUGGGAAUGGAACUAGCCAAUUGGGUCGAGCCUUGGAUCAAGGGCUGAGAAACAAUUAUAAACUGGAAGAAAAAAACAUGUUUUCAUUUUUAUUCAAUUAUUUUGGUGGUUUUAAUUCUAUUCUUGCCUUAUUUCUUCUCUCCUGUGUUCAUUAAAUGUACUGUAUCUUGUAUCUUCCCCUUGCCAUAUUCACUCACUGCGUUCCUCCACUCUCCUUUUGCUCCAAUAGCACUGUCCAACAUCUAGUCUUUCAUGUGCAAUUCCUUUUAUACCACCUUAAUGUCUUUUUAACAAGUGAUUUGAUUUUAACGUGCGUGUGUCUGUUUAGGGGGAAUGACAUGGUGCCUGUCAGCAGUGAGCGGCGUCCUUAUGUCCUUACUGAAUAGUUGUGUUGUGCUCAAUGAGACUGGUGGUGACAGUUGGACCCUUAGCAGGAACUUGAGCCGUGAACUAUGGUGACCAAUAAGUGAAGAUUGAUGAUGGUGAACAAUGUUAAUCUAUGUUGAACAAUAAUACUCUAUGGUGACCUAUGAUUACCUUUGAACUAUGAUGACCUGUAAUGAUCUACGGUGAACUACAGUGCACACAGGAGCACUCUUUAGGCUCACCAAACAAAGCACUCCACUGAGCUAAUGUCCUUUUGACAUCUCUACGUCCGUCUAAGUCCAUCUGUUUGUUUGUUGUAUUAUUUUUUUUACUAACAUUACUGUUGGAAAUAUGAGGGGGGGGGGGGGGAAUAGAUGCCUAUGUUGAAAUUGAUAAUGCUAUGUCAUAAGAGGUUUGUAAUCGACUGUCAUAAAGAACUUUGUCAUA